UGUUUGCGCACGAACGUUAAAAUCGAAUAAAUAGUCGUCUGCAGGAAGAGUCGGAGCAGACGUCACAAUACACUAGGACGCAUGGUAGCAUAACAGUGGGGCGCGAGCACAAGUGUCAAUUCGAUUAUAUUGUCAUCGUUUUCCGAGGGUAUAUCGGUGCUUUGGCGAGAUCCUUCGGAAUUUCUACCGAUGAUCGGCAAAUCGCGCAUACGUAUUCCUGUGGGUGCCGUGAGGCGGCGAGAAAGACCACCUCUUUAAAUUAAAAGAAGGAAUGACGCUGGAGAAUCCGUUCUUUGUCGUCAAGGACGAAGUUUGUAAGGCCCUAAAUAAAAAUCGCGGUUUAUACGGCCGCUGGACGGAAUUGCAGGAUGUUAUUGUCACAAGCCCUAGUGUGAGUGGGGGAAUCCCAAUCUCGCGCGACGAAUUAGAGUGGACGACUACGGAAUUACGGAAAGCAUUGCGUUCGAUCGAAUGGGAUUUGGAUGAUCUAGAGGACACGAUUCGUAUCGUAGAAAAGAACCCGACAAAAUUCAAGAUAGAUAAUAAGGAGUUAACAGUCCAACGCAGUUUUAUUGAACAAACACGAGAGGAAGUGAAGAUCAUGAAGGAUAAGAUGAAUUUAAGUAGAGGCCGGGACCGCGACAGUACAGCAAGACAGCCACAUUUAGACAACAGUCCUGAUCGAGUUCCUGUCAACCAUGGUACAACUAAGUACAGUAAAUUGGAAAAUGAAAUCGAUAGUCCGAAUAGACAAUUUUUGGGGGAUACAUUGCAACAACAGGACGAUAUGAUGAGGCAACAGGAUGAACAAUUGGACAUGAUAGGAGAAAGUAUUGGAUCUCUUAAGACAGUAUCCAGACAAAUCAAUACUGAAUUAGAUGAACAAGCAGUUAUGCUAGAUGAAUUUGGUAACGAGCUAGAGGUGACAGAUUCUAAACUGGAUGCAACAAUGAAAAAAAUGGCCAAAGUUCUUCAUAUGAGUAAUGGGAUAAAUGUAGGCAAAGAAUACUAACUUUUAUUAAUGCGAUUGUCAAAGUCUAUGCGAGCAUACAAACAAUUAAGAAAUUGACAAUUCGCAGAAAUUUGAUAUUUGUUUAAAUUAAGUAAAUGCCAAAAAAAUAGUAUCAAAAUGGACCAGUUGCAGUCGUAAAUAACUAUUACAUAUGUAGUACAAUAGACACCAACAAGUGUAGUUCGUUGCAAUUCGAUAAGAGCACCAGAGAUAUAUUGUUAAAUCAUUGUACAUCAAAAAUCUAUAGACAGAUAAUGGAUUAUAUUUAAGUACUUCAUUUACAAUCAGAUUUAACAAAGUUAUGCCAAAUAUUGUAAGGCAAGUGUCAAAGCAAGAAAAGUAGCGCAAGUAAUUUGUGCCUAAGAGAAUUUUAACAAAAUAGACAUAGAGAUAAAUAAAUAUAAUAUUAGAGAAACAUUUUCAGUAUGAUUUAAAACCUCUGAUACUUCUACUUCCAAUGUGUACAACAUGUGAUAUUACUGUAUUAAUUGAUGCGUAGAUGAAAAUAGUUUAGUACACAAUAUUGUGGUAUAUUCACAUGGUAUUUUGCGAAAAUACCAGUCAAUUUAUGUGUGUAAUGAAUGUAAAUGAAAAUAUAACGUUUGAAAGAAGAAAAUGUUGAAAUAAAAAAUAAAAAAAAAAUAAAAAAUACCAUUAUUUGUAUGUAUGGUGACUGCUGGUUGAUUGUUGCUCAAUGCGAACAAAAUUGUUCAUCAUUCACGAGAUAAGAGGGUUGCAAUUAGAAGCUCAAUUAUAGAAAGAUUAGAAUUGAGAGUUAGAAAGAAAAAAAAUUGAAAGAUUAGUUAACAAAACAGUUAUUCCAUUGUUAGAAGAAUGUUAAUAAGAUGACAUUGUGAAUUCCUAAUAAAAGAGAUUGUUUAUUCUAGCAUGUAACUAAAAUCUAAAAUGAAAAGAUAUACUUUAUAUUAUUUCUCUUAAUGACCAAUUGUGAAAACAGAUACAGAUGAAUAAAAUUUGCGACUUUAUUUAUACUGUACACGUUGCUGUAAAGUACCACAAACUCCUGAUCCAUUAAAACCACUCAAAUGACAAUUACAGCAAUAAUAUUAUAUACAUAAGAACUCGUUACGGUAAAUUCUGUGCUUGAGAGAAUUCUGCUUUUCAAUAAUUUCAUUGUAACAAUUGUGUUCAAUUGUUUUGAAACUUAAUCAGUAGUACAAAGUCUCUCAAUCAUGGAAUAUAAGCUUUUCCACUUGGAAUAUAUUUAUGAAUGUGCGUUUAUAGGUGUAUUGUUUUUCUUAAUUUUUGCUUAUGUCUGUUUAUAUGAAGAUAAUUUAUAUGUAUACAAAAAAGAUUAAUACAUAUAAGAAUUAUUAUUUUUGGA